GAGGCAGAGCCCACGCCCCGCGCUGACGGGCCGAGCACGCCCGACUGAACGUAGCUGUCAGUCACCGUAGUUUCUGCAGGCCCUGCAGUGCUCGGGAGUUAGCUUCCAGACGCCCGCUCUUCUGCGUCCUGGUGCCCGAACGCGGUGGGACCGGCGAGGAGCGCAGCGUCCCCCAGCGUGGGGCACUCCCUCCUCGAACCACGCGCUUGGGGGCAAGGUGCAAAGUGCCCGAGUGUGUGGGAGGCAGUGUGGCUUCCGUCUUGUUCGGAGUCGGUUCCGUUUGGGGCCAGAGGAAUCACCGGGAAGGUGGAUGAGGAGAGGCCAGAGAAUCCCACCGUGGCACUCCACUGGCAUGCUGUCUCUGUCACUCCAGCAUCUGAAAGGAGACAAAGGCUCACUGAUGGCUCAGUUGGGAGCAGUUGUGGCCGUGGCUUCCAGUUUCUUUUGUGCAUCUCUCUUCUCAGCCGUGCACAAGAUAGAAGAGGGGCAUAUUGGGGUGUAUUACAGAGGCGGUGCCCUGCUGACGUCAACCAGCGGCCCUGGUUUCCAUCUCAUGCUCCCUUUCAUCACGUCAUAUAAGUCUGUGCAGACCACACUCCAGACAGAUGAGGUGAAGAAUGUACCUUGUGGGACUAGUGGUGGUGUGAUGAUCUACUUUGACAGAAUUGAAGUGGUGAACUUCCUGGUUCCAAACGCAGUGUAUGAUAUAGUGAAGAACUAUACUGCCGACUAUGACAAGGCCCUCAUCUUCAACAAGAUCCACCACGAGCUGAACCAGUUCUGCAGUGUACAUACGCUUCAGGAGGUCUACAUUGAGCUGUUCGAUCAGAUUGAUGAAAAUCUCAAACUGGCUUUGCAGCAGGACCUGACCUCCAUGGCUCCUGGACUUGUCAUCCAAGCUGUGCGGGUGACAAAGCCCAACAUACCCGAGGCGAUCCGCAGAAACUACGAGUUGAUGGAAAGCGAGAAGACAAAGCUGCUCAUCGCAGCCCAGAAGCAGAAGGUGGUGGAGAAGGAAGCGGAGACGGAGCGGAAGAAGGCCCUCAUUGAAGCAGAAAAGGUGGCCCAGGUUGCCGAGAUCACCUACGGGCAGAAGGUGAUGGAGAAGGAGACGGAAAAGAAGAUUUCAGAGAUUGAAGAUGCUGCGUUUCUGGCCCGAGAGAAGGCAAAGGCCGAUGCCGAAUGCUACACGGCUAUGAAAACAGCCGAGGCAAACAAGCUGAAGCUGACCCCUGAAUAUCUGCAGCUGAUGAAGUACAAGGCCAUUGCUUCCAACAGCAAGAUUUACUUUGGCAAAGACAUUCCUGACAUGUUCAUGGACUCUGUCGGCAGCCUGGGCAAGCAGUCGGAGGGGCUGGCUGAGAAGCUGAGCUUUGGCUUAGAAGAUGAGCCUCUGGAGGCAGCCACUGCGGAGAACUGAUAGUUUUAUACAACCUCACAUGACACUUAAUGAGAUCUUUAUUUUUUAAGAUGAACCAGAAUGCUCCCUCCUCACACACUACCUUCUUUGACUCUCUUCAAGUUACCAUGGUGAAAAUGAAGAAAUGGAUUUAAAGCUACUCACCCUCCUGGGAAGGGGGUGGGAACUGAUGAUUUGGGAUUUUAUUCAGGUAAGUCGGUUAUAUGACUUCUGAUAAGAUUUGUGGACUAUGGGUUUGAGCCUUUGACUCCCAGACACUAAUUUGUCCUUUGAAGCUGGCUUAAUUAGGAAUGCUGCCAUUAAGGACAGGGAGAAAUGGAGAGUGUUGCCUCCAUGUGAUUUGAUUUCCCUUAUUUGGAAAAAUGCAGCCCAGUGUUCUUCGCCUGCUUCCAAGGUGGGAGAUGCCUGUGGGUGAGGCUCGGCCACUGAGAAAUAUGUGCUUAUAAGUUUGCCAGAAGAGCUGUAGAGAAACAGCUGCAGACAUUUGACCUUCCUGGCAUUUCUGUCAGCGUAUGUAUGAGUUAUUUUAGAGGCAUGCUUUCUCCGGCCCUCAUAAGGAACCACUGGUGCUAGGUUUUGCAAGAUUUUCUAUGCACUGUGCUCCUUGCCCUAGGGCUCAGAGUGGUGGUUUCUGACUGCGUCUGUGGGGUCAGAGCUCAGUCACCACCACACAGUUCUUCUUGAAACUUAUCACCCAUUCUGUGAUUUGGAUUCUUCUUCUCAAAUAAUCUGUUCAGUGGUCCCACUGAGCAUCAAGAAGACAGAAAUAACCCAAGUGUCUUAGUAGCUGCUUCAGUGGGCUCCUUUGAGCUAUUAGCCACUGCGGUGCCUGCUUGGCAGAUUACUUAGGUAGCUUGAGAGCAAGUGUCUUUGUUGUGGAUUCUACAGGGAAGAGCUCUGGCACCAUGCGUGGAGGAGGAUGGUCAGCCAAGAGAUUUCCUGGACUUAAUGCCUAUGGCUUGUGCUGGGAGUUUGUCUGACACAGAGGUAAAGGCAGGCCUGUCCUCUGAGUAGCCUGUGUUUUUAAUUCUAGGGCUCCGGGCAGUCACACAGAGGUCAGACUGAAUGUUAAUUCUCCAGAGACAGCUGUGGACAUCUGACUUGUAAAUGCAAGUCAGAGUUCAUGCCCAAGUCCCUGAGUUCAAAGUCCAUGCAGAAUGUUUUCUUUUUCAUCACUAGUUAGGAAAAUUUCAAGUCACUCUGGGAUAUUCAGGAUUGGGAGAGAAAAUAUAAAAGGAAGGUUUUUCUUAUACCCUGAAAUUGGGGUUAGGGAUAGUGUGGGUAGGGGGAUCCAUCCAAUGAGUUGUGUACAGAAUUGUUAAGUGGAAGGUGGCUAUCUGGAGUAAACUAAUAACCACAUUGGUACCCUCCAUGACCAGCUCUGGCUUAGGAUUUGGCCUUGUUAUUAGAUACUCCACCACCACCCCCAAAACUCCUACUGUACCCCUCUUCCCAAGGUGAAUACUGUGAAGGACACUUUCUGGCACCAAUCCCCACCUCAUUUUUGGUCCUAUGCCCAGAUUUCAGGUUUAUUGAAUGGUCCCAGAACUUGGGCCAGCUUGCUUAGGAGUUUGGGGAGCUUUUAGCCUGCCUGGAAAGAUACAGUAUUCACUCCCCAUGCUUCAAAUGUUGCCCUUCUCUGUUCUAAUUCCUGGGACUUAGAAUUCCCAAACUACAAGUCCUGGUCACACUUCGUGAAGGCAGCAAGAUGUUCCUGGGAGCGACAGAUUUUAAUGUGCUCAAGAGUCCUUGAGAAAGCGGUCAAUUUCCCAAGAUCAGCAUAGGGUAGCCAUUAUUAAAAUAUAUUCAUCCUCCUCCUGUUUCAAUCCAUUAAUCAUUUGCUAGGAGCAACAUGACAUGCCCAGCAUUCCCUAAUCACAUAUAUGUUUGCUCCUUCUGCUCUGAGCUCUUGCUGCCUGGGCCUCAGAAAACACCAGUUUGCCACAGUGGAAUCAAGAGCAGGAUAUCUCAGCCUCUCUGAAUAGUACGCUUUGCUCAGGUUCGUAACUUGAAAGCCUCUCGGGUACUAACGUCCUGUGAUAGCUUGUCCCUUGACCACAAAAGAGCCUCAGUAGAGUAAAGUCCUGCUACAGCUGCCCCUCCAUGUUAAAGUCACUUCCUCUUUCAACAAAAAAUAUAAAUGUCGUUGUACCCAUUAAUGUAAAUCCGAUGCUUGUCUGUACCUGUCUGAAUAGUAAAAUCAUGGAAGUCACCCAUUUCCUUAGCAUGGGACAUUGAACCCAUCCAUCUGUGUGACUUUGUUUUUUUAACACUUACUAGAAAAUCUGAUCUUAAAACAUUUGAAUUCUAAACAUGUAAAAUGUGACAGCCUACAAUUUUGUAGACAGUGAAGUAAUGGCUGCUAUUUAUAAAUGGAACUUCUAUCAAAAUAAGUAACUGUUUAUAAAAUUCAGUUUUUGUAGGAUUUUCCAAGGAAAAGUCACCUUGAUUGAAUGUUUCUCAUUAAACUUUGCAGAAGCAAUUCAUAUACAGUACUGUUUUUAAUCGCUUUUUAAUAUAAGGACAGAAUGUUUGCAAGGAAGCCAAAGUUUAUUAAUAAUUUUUAUAUAACUAAAAUAGAUUUGGAAGGAUCUGUGAUCAUAUUGAGGUAGGAGCAGGGGGAUCACUGGAAGAAUCUUAGCAAUAUAUUGAUUCAAAAAAAGAGAUGAGACGUUUUACAAAGGAUCUUUAGUAGUUUCAUUGGAUCUGUGUAUCUGUCAACACUGAUAAUUACUAUUUAAAGAGACUAAAUAGUGAAAGUAAGAUGGUGAUAUUGAGUUCUAGCCACUGUUUUUGUUGUUUCCUUAUAAAAGAGGUAAUAGCCAAUCAUUUUGUGUUUGUAUUUCCAUUCCUUUUUAUUUCUGCUUUUGUGUAGUCUGAUGAUUGGAUAGUCAAACUAAUUCUACAUUCAAAGAGCCCCAAGGGUGUAAUGACCCCCCAUUUGUAACAGAAAUGAUUCUUGUUUUAGUAAUAAUCCUAUAAAUGAUACUGCUGGAUUCACUGUCUUGAAUUAAUAGCUGGAGGAAUUGUUUUGUACAACACUAAAGAUCUUAUGUGAAUUUAUGUCUUAGUUUUAUUUUCAGUCUUGCUAAAUAAAAUGAGUCUUUGUAUUUA